AUGGUUCAGCGUCAUGGCUUGGACUUGCUCUUCGUUUCAGAAGAGUUAUUAAAGGACAAACCAUUGGUUCUGGAAGCGAUAAAACAAGACAGUACGGCAUUUGAAUACGUGCCUCAAGAAUUUCAAGAUAACAUGGAAUUUAUUUUGGAUGCAGUGAAACACAAUGUGGAGGUCAUUACGCAUGUGGAAAAAAAGUUUUGUUCUGAUCGACAGUUUUGGUUAGAGGCUGUGAAACGAAAUGGUCUCGCACUCAAGUGGGCACCUUUGACGUUUAAAAUAGACAAGGAAAUUGUGAUGGAAGCCAUUAGGCAAAAUAAGGAUGCAUUGCGAUGGAUACCAGAUGAAUUGACAAAACUCCAAGAUUUUGUUCUAGAUUUGUUCAAAACAAUACAACCAGAAUUAGAGUCCUUGGAAACCUCGCUCAUACUCUGUGCUGUUCAAGAAAGUAUUUACUUUCUAAAAGUUGCACCGAAAGAAUUCCAAAACAAUAGAGAAAUAAUUUUACAAGCAGUUCAAAAAGAUGGUCGUGCACUUAAAUUUACUUCUGACGAGUUGAAGGAUGACAAGGACAUUGCUCUUCUCGCCCUUCAAAAACAUGCUAAAAGUAUCAAAGAUGAAAAACGACAGACAAGUAGUAUUAACAGCAGUACGACAAAAUGGACUCGUCUAAAACUGGGAAGUAAUGAAAUGAGAAGCGAUGCAGAAAUAGUACUUGAAGCAAUCAAAGAACGUGGAAAUUGUCUUCAUUUUGCAACAGAUGAACUAAAACGCAACAAAGACUUUCUAUUGCAAGCUUGUAAACUAGGAUGUGGGUUUGUGUUAAAAGCAGCGUCCUAUGAAUUGAAAACGGACAUGAACUUUGUAAUGCAAGUCGUCCAACUAAAUGGCUUGUCGUUGCAAUGUGCGUAUGGUGAAUUUCGUUCCGACAAACAAGUGGCAUUGGAGGCUGUGAAAAGUAAUGGAUCAGCUCUUCAUUAUGUCGACGGUGGGUUGAAACAUGAUCCAGAGCUAAUCAUGGAGGCCUUGAAAUGUAACGGAUUUGUUCGUUCGUACACAGAUGAAUUGUUUCGGAUUCGAAUGGAAUUUGCUUACUUUGGAGCAUAUUUAGGGACCAGUCUGAAAUGA